CAAGAUGGCCUUCCUCCUCCUGCCGUUCUGACACUGAUUAUUUUGGUAUCACCCGAGAACAUAACCGUAAAAAGCUCGCGUCCCCUUCUCGAGAGAUAGCGGCGGAGCGGCCGCCCAGAGUCCCCACAAGGCGCCCAGUCCGGCGGACUCCGUCCGGCCAACUGACAAGGCGGCGCGCGAGCCCUCGGCGGCCAUCGCUGGACGACGGUUGAUGAAAAGCUAACGUCGAGCAGCGAGCGGAGCUAGCCUAGCCUAGCUUAGCAUAGCUUAGCUCCGCGGAUAGUUAACUCGUGUCACCUGCGUUCCACCAGACGAACUGGUUCAGAGGGAAAUACAACGAGGAACGGCUUGUCAUCAAGCCGAGACGGUUGCCCGGGUGGAUCAACGCGGUUGAGACGCCAAAACCUGAAAUGGAAUCCCUUUAAUUUGAUUGGGCGGCUCCGCAGCGAGAGACGAUCAGCGCACGACGUAACCGGCUGAUUGAGUUUGGCAAAGUAGGGAGGCGGACCAGUUGUGAGAAGUUCAGUGAGUCGCGUGACGAUAUCGGCGUCUUUCUCCAGGGGCGUCCGGGCUCCGACUCGACGGCGCCUCUAUCGCUCGUCCAUCAUCCGAUCUGCGUCGUCGCUCUAGAAAUGCAAACUCUGUUUUCACUGGGCCGCUUCUCUCUCUCUCUCUCUCCCCGCCGGCACCCCCACCCUUUCCUCUCAUCUCUCCCUUUCCCGUCGAUGCAGGUCGUCUCCCCAGCGUUGCCGGCGGCCUUGGCAACAGACGGUGCCCGUCGGGUCGCCGGGACCAGGGGGGGGGGGGGUGCCGAGGAUGAGCGCUCUGGCUCUGGGCGUCUGCCGGCCAGCAUAGAUGCCGAUAUGCCCCGGUGGUCCGCAUCCUGAUGGAUCGAGACACCUUCUCCCACAUCCGCCUGUGGUGCCCGCGGCCCUUCGGCACCUACUCCCAGAACAAAGCCAGGAGCCCGGGCUCGGGGGGCGGCGGCGGCGGUGGAGGAGGCGGCGGCGGGUCGGGGUCCCCCUCCCUCUGCAAGGCCGAGCCCUCUCCGGGCGCCAGGAGGACCGUGGACGGAGGUGAAGAUGGAGGGAUGAUAGUGGGUGUGCGGGAGGCGAACGGAGAAGAAGAGGAAGAGGAGGGGGAUGCGGGCUCGGAGAACACGCCGCCGGAACCGGAGCUCGUCCCCGGCUCACAGAGCCGCGCCCCUCCGGCGCCGCCCUCCUGCGCCCAGAUGGAAGACGGCCGCGUGCUGCUGGACACCUGGUACGUCAUCAAGCCGGGCAACACCAAGGAGAAGAUCGCCUUCUUCGUCGCGCACCAGUUCAGCGGAGCGGGUCAGCCCAGACCCAGCGCCAUGAAGGUCAAAGGCAACUGGGCGACCGACUGCAGCAAAGCCAAAAGACGAAGGCGGUGCUCGUCCUACGACCCCCCGACCCGCUCCGCGGCCUCGGGGCCGAGCCUCGGCCGCGACUCCUCCCCCCUUUCGCCUUCCGACCCCGACGAGCCGCCGCUGAGCGAGUCGGACCUGCUGUCGGUGGCGGAGAUGGUCGCCCUGGUGGAGCGGAGGACGUCCGCGGCCCUCCAGGGGAUGAUGGCGGUCCACGGCGGUCAGCACCACCAGGACACCGCUCCUCACGGCCCGGGCCUCGCCCCGCACCAGCACACCCUCCUCCGGGGCCGGGCGUCGGAGCCCACUCCCAUCGUGUACGCGGCGGACGGUUCGGGCGCCAAAGAGGAGGAGCCGUCGUCCCUGAUCCAGACGGACCAGGAGCUGGAGGAGCAGCAGGAGUCCCUGAGGGUCGCCCAGGCCAUCGCGCACUUUGAGUCCCAGAACCAGGAGAGUCGGUUCCGUCUGGCCUCCGGAGUGGACUCUCCCAACGGAGACGGAGAGAAGGAGCGUCGGCGAGGAGGGGAGGCCGGCGUCGCCGCCCCUCCCCCGCCCCCCGGCCACGGCGAGGUCCGAAUAGCUUUCCGCGUGUCGAACCUGGACCCGCGCUCUCCGCUGGAGCCCGCCGGCCGCUCCCGCUGCAUGUUCAUGAGCUGCGGCGGCGGCGGCGGCCAGACGGCGGCCGGCGCCAAAGAGAAGAUCACCUGCGACCUCUACCAGCUCGUCAGCUCCUCGUCCCGGGACCCCGGCGGCCUGCUGCUCGCCGCCACCGCCCCCAAACCAGAGGGCGACCCCCGGCGGCCCGACGGCGGCGCCGACCCGUCCCGCGAGGAGAAGAAAGCGGCGGGGCGCGAGCGAGUGACCGGCUUCCACGUGGAGGUGGUGGUGACGGGCGCCGUGGACCAGUGCGUGUUCUACGGCAAGGACGGCGCCGAGAACGUGCAGGAGGAGACGGUGUGCUUCGCCAUGUCCGGAGGAGGAGGAGGAGGGUGUGACCCUUCGUCGGACGACCCCCCUCCGGGUCAACUCUUCUUCCUCCAUCCGCCGCGGGGCCCCGAGGACGACGCCAAAGGGCCGGGCGGCGGGUCGGGCAUCUGCUCUCUGGACUGCGCCAACAACAACGGGGCGGGGGAGCGGGCGGCCGGGCCGGACUCCCCCGGCGGCGCCGACUGCCCCGACCCCUCGCUGUGCCGCCUCUACCGCCAUGUGUCCCACGACUUCCUGGAGAUCCGCUUCCAGAUCCAGCGCCUGCUGGAGCCGCGCCAGUACAUGCUGCUGCUGCCCGACCACAUCGCGGUCAACAUCUUCGGCCGCCUGCCGACGCGCGCGCUCGCCGCCCUCAAGUGCGCCUGCCGCGACUUCCGGGCGCUGAUCGAGGCGUACGGCGUGCGGCCGGUGGACUCGCGCUGGAACCGCGACCCGCUCUACCGGGACGACCCGUGCAAGCAGUGCAAGCGGCAGCACGCGCGCGGCGACGUGUCGCUGUGCCGCUGGCACCCCAAGCCGUACCACCACGACCUGCCUUACGGACGCUCCUAUUGGAUGUGCUGCCGGCGCCCGGACAAGGACACGCCGGGCUGCCGCGUCGGGCUCCACGACAACAACUGGGUGCAGCAGCCGGCCGGCGCCGCCCAGCAGCCGGCCCGCGCCAAGCGGGAGGACAAGCGGGAGGACGCCAGGUAGACGGGCGGGGGGAGGACCCGCCCACCUCCUUCUGGCUCCGCCCCCCUCCCGUCUCGGCUCGGAGGACCGAUCGGAGAGGGUCGCCGGGAGGAAGGAGCGCG